AAGGAAGGCUCUCCCGCAGAGGGGUGCAGGCGCCCGGGGCCCUGUGCUGCGGUGCGCAGGCCGGCCACCCCGGGUCUUUGAAGAGCGCGCUGAGAUGAGCACCGCCAUGUGCACCUGGGUCGGCAGAGGAGGCUGGGAAACAGCCCGGGAGUUUCUCCCGAGUACAGACCCGUUUCUCUCGGGGGCUCCGGGGAUCGGCCUGGGUCUGGUUCAGCAGGUGUCCCCACACUUUGGAAGAGCCAGGCCUUUGCUCAACCGUCAUCAAGGAGGGGAUGCUGACCAAACAGAACAGUUCCUUCCAGAGGUCCAAGAGGAGGUACUUCAAGCUGCGAGGGCGAACGCUGUACUAUGCAAAGACCUCGAAGUCGAUCAUAUUCGAUGAGGUGGACCUGACAGAUGCCAGCGUGGCCGAAUCCAGCACCAAAAACGUCAACAACAGCUUUACGGUCAUCACCCCGUGCAGGAAGCUCAUCCUGUGUGCAGAUAACAGGAAGGAGAUGGAAGACUGGAUCGCAGCCCUGAAGACUGUCCAGAGUCGGGAGCAUUUUGAGCCGACCCAGUACAGCAUGGACCACUUCUCAGGGACGCACAACUGGUACGCCUGCUCCCACGCGAGGCCGACCUACUGCAACGUGUGUCGCGAGGCUCUGUCUGGGGUCACGUCCCACGGACUGUCCUGUGAAGUGUGCAAGUUCAAGGCCCACAAACGGUGCGCUGUGCGCGCAACCAAUAACUGCAAGUGGACCACGCUGGCCUCCAUCGGGAAGGACAUCAUCGAGGACGAGGAUGGGAUCGCCAUGCCUCACCAGUGGCUGGAAGGAAACCUGCCUGUGAGUGCCAAGUGCACGGUGUGUGACAAGACCUGCGGCAGCGUGCUGCGCCUGCAGGACUGGCGCUGCCUGUGGUGCAAGGCCAUGGUGCACACAGCUUGUAAGGAAUCCUUAGUGACCAAGUGCCCGCUGGGCCUGUGCAAAGUGUCGGUCAUCCCCCCCACGGCUCUCAACAGCAUCGAUUCCGAUGGCUUCUGGAAGGCCACGUGUCCUCCGUCCUGCACCAGCCCCUUGUUGGUCUUCGUCAACUCAAAAAGUGGGGACAACCAGGGCGUGAAGUUCCUCAGAAGGUUCAAACAGCUGCUGAACCCUGCCCAGGUCUUCGACCUCAUGAACGGGGGACCGCACCUCGGCUUACGCUUGUUCCAGAAGUUCGACACAUUCCGGAUCCUGGUGUGUGGUGGGGACGGCAGUGUGGGCUGGGUCCUCUCUGAGAUUGACAGCCUCAACCUCCACAAACAGUGUCAGCUGGGCGUGCUUCCCCUGGGCACAGGGAAUGACCUGGCGCGUGUGUUAGGCUGGGGCUCGGCCUGUGACGACGACACUCAGCUCCCUCAGAUCCUGGAGAAGCUGGAGAGAGCCAGCACCAAGAUGCUGGACAGGUGGAGCGUCAUGGCCUACGAGACCAAGCUGCGCCGGCAGGCCUCCUCCGCCACCGGCACGGGCACCGAGGACCUCAGCGAGGGCUCCGAGGUGCAGCAAAUUCUCUUCUAUGAAGACUCUGUUGCGGCCCACCUUUCUAAAAUCCUGACCUCCGACCAGCACUCGGUGGUGAUCUCAUCGGCCAAGGUGCUCUGUGAGACGGUGAAGGACUUCGUGGCUCGAGUGGGGAAGGCCUACGAGAAGACCACCGAGAGCUCAGAGGAGUCGGAGGUCAUGGCCAAGAAGUGCUCUGUCCUGAAAGAGAAGCUGGACUCUCUCCUCAAGACCUUGGACGACGAGUCCCAGGCCUCGUCCUCUCUGUCCACCCCGCCGCCCACCAUCGCCGAGGAGGUGGAGGACGGGGACGGGCUGGGCAGUGGCUGCGGCUCGGCCGUGGACCGCUCGGUGGGGCCGGCGUGCCCGGCGCGGCCGCAGAUAUUCCGGCCGCGGGAGCAGCUCAUGCUGCGGGCCAACAGCCUGAAGAAGGCGAUUCGCCAGAUCAUAGAACACACCGAGAAAGCUGUCGAUGAGCAGAAUGCGCAGACCCAGGAGCAGGAGAGGAUUGUCUUGGGUCUCCCCGAGACGGAGGAGAAGAAGGACCUGAAGCCGGACGACAGGCUGUGCCACAGAGACAGCUGCGGGGCUGCCAAGCCCAGGAGCCUCCGCAAAGUGUCCAAGUCCCCGUGUGAGAAGCUGAUAGGCAAAGGAAGUCUGUCACUGGGCAGUUCUGCCUCUCUCCCCACCCAGCCAGGAAACCGGGACGGCCUGCCCACGCUGAACACGAAGAUCCUGUUCCCGAAUGUUCGUGCCGGGAUGUCUGGUUCCUUGCCUGGGGGCUCGGUCAUCAGCCGCUUGUUGAUAAACGCUGACCCCUUCAACUCCGAGCCGGAAAACCUGGAGUGUUACACGGAGAAGUGCGUCAUGAACAACUACUUCGGCAUCGGCCUGGAUGCGAAGAUAUCCCUGGACUUCAACAACAAGCGGGACGAGCACCCCGAGAAGUGCAGGAGUCGGACCAAGAACAUGAUGUGGUAUGGGGUUCUCGGGACCAGAGAGUUGCUGCACAGAACCUACAAGAACCUGGAGCAGAAGGUCCUGCUGGAGUGUGACGGGCGGCCCAUCCCGCUCCCCAGUCUGCAGGGCAUUGCUGUCCUCAACAUUCCCAGCUACGCCGGAGGGACCAACUUCUGGGGGGGCACCAAGGAGGAUGAUACUUUCUCAGCACCGUCGUUCGAUGACAAGAUCUUGGAGGUGGUCGCCGUGUUCGGCAGCAUGCAGAUGGCUGUCUCCCGGGUCAUUAACCUGCAGCACCACCGGAUUGCCCAGUGUCGCACGGUGAAGAUUUCCAUCCUGGGGGACGAGGGCGUACCAGUGCAGGUGGACGGAGAGGCCUGGGUCCAGCCUCCGGGGUACAUCCGCAUCGCCCACAAGAACCGGGCACAGAUGCUCACCCGAGACCGGGAAUUUGAGAACACGCUGAAGUCCUGGGAAGACAAGCAGAAGUGCGAGACGUCCCGCCCGCCGUCCUUCUCCCUGCACCCGGAGAUCCUGUCCGAGGAGGAGGCCACCCAGAUGGACCAGUUCGGGGAGGCGGCGGGGGCCCUCAUCCACAGCAUCCGGGAGAUCGCCCAGUCCCACCAGGACAUGGAGCAGGAGCUCGCCCACGCCGUCAACGCCAGCUCCAAGUCCCUGGACCAAGUGUACAGCAGGCCCAGAGCCGCGGAGGGGCUGACCUGCAGCUUUGUCCCGGAGAUGGUCAGUAACAUGAAGGCCCUGCGCAGCGAGACGGAGCUGCUGCUGGCCGGGAAGAUGGCCCUGCAGUUGGACCCCCCUCAGAAGGAGCGGCUCGGGGCUGCUCUCACCGAGAUGGACCAGCAGCUCAGGAAGCUGUCGGACACCCCCUGGCUGUGCCAGCUCAUGGAGCCCAGUGAUGAAGAGAACGUGGCCUCGGACCUGUCCAAACGCAGCCGCAGUGGGAAGUUCCGCCUGGUGACCAAGUUCAAGAAGGAGAAGAACAGCAGGAGCAGAGACGCCCACGGCAGCCUGGGAGCGCCGGUGCACCUCUGGGGGACAGAGGAGGUGGCUGCCUGGCUGGAGCACCUCAGUCUCUGUGAGUAUAAGGACAUCUUCACACGGCACGACAUCCGGGGCUCUGAGCUCCUGCACCUGGAGCGGAGGGACCUCAAGGACCUCGGCGUGACCAAGGUUGGCCACGUGAAGAGGAUCCUGUGUGGCAUCAAGGAGCUGAGCCGCGGCCCCCCAGCCUCCGAGGCCUAGCCUCCGCCCUCUCCGCCUGCGUCUUCCACGCGUGCCACUGAGGGCGUGAGCGUGCGGCCCGGGACCCUUCUCAUGGUGCUACUUCUCUGCCCCGUGCUCAGGAUGGGGAGCCUCUCGGCCCCCGCCCGGGCAGCUCCGGGGCCUGGGACUCACCAACACAGCUACCUUCGGACUCGCAGCUCCCCACCCGGCGGCGUGCGGGCGGCCGUGCCUCCCCGCACCAGGCGUCCGGGCAGGAGCGGCCCGGCCGGGCUGGCGCCGCUGUCCCCUGGACUCCCGACUGUGUGCCCUGCCAUGGCGUGGCGUGUGGCCCUGUGUUCUGGCCGGCUCUCUGAGGGGUUGGUGCCCAGACCACACCGUCCCUCCCCGGGCAGUUAGGAGCCCCCUGGCCACUCGUGGUUCUCCACAGCAGCCCCACGUGGCGCCAUGGCUGUGCCGCCAGCCCUGCCCGUUUCAGUCUGAUGGGGGGUGGGGGGGACCCGCUCCUCCUGCGGCCGGUGAAGCGGCAGCCGGGCUCCUGGGCUGGCGUGUGCCGCCCGCGUGUCCUUCCGGAGCGGCCGGCGUGGGGACACUGUGCCCCCGAGUGCUGCCAGCCUCCCUGGGACAGUGGCCGUGUCUGUGCUGGGCCAGGACUCCUGUGGAGACAAGGGUGUCCGUCCUGCUGGGCCACAAGCUGCCGUCCCAGCAGAGUGGCCGUGAGUGGGCAGCCUGGGCCGGCCUGAGAGCCCGGGUCCCUGGAGGUGUCCGCACGCCUCUUGCCGAGUUGUCCCUGCCUUUGGCUGUGCCCCUCGCUGCCCUUCCAGAGUCCGCCGUGCCUACAGGGCUCCUGUCCGCCCUGGAGGGGGCGUCCUGGGACCCCACGCCAGCCCCCGGGUGAACCCCGGAGGGGAGGGCUGACCGAGCGAGGGGCUGGGCAGGAAGCCUCGGAGCGCUGUGCGGUCACCGUGGGGCCUGCCGGGGACUUAGAGCUGAGCGGCAUUGACCUGCCACUAGCUUUGCAGGUGCCCCGCCGUCAGCUCCUCUGCCCAGUGCGCCCCGGCGGGUCCCCUCCUUGGGCCUGGCCGGGCGCCCACCUGCGGUCCGCGGGCGCUUCCACUCGUGGUACCCCCGGGUGGCCGCGUGUGGCGCGGCGGCGUCAGGGCUUGUGGGGGGAGCCCCGCACUGCACCCGUGCCCUCGGCUGCCUGCUGGAGGGGAGCCGCGGCAGCUGGGUGUGGCCGUCCUUGCCUGGGACGCCCCCCCACAGCGGAGCUGUCUGAGGCGGGAGGUGGAGAGAGAGUCUGGCCCCGGCUUCCAGGGAGAAGCCGGCUUCACAGGAGAGACCCCAGGGUCCCAGAGGGAGGCUGCCCUGUUCGAGGUGGGGCGCUUGGGCCCUGAGGUCCCGGGGCCCCCGGACGGGACAGGACGGGACAGGCUGCAGCUCCGUGAGCAGGUGCAGGGGAGCUGCCCCGGGGCCCGUGGAUGAGGCCGAAGUCUGGGUCCAGCGCGGCGUUUGACAGCAACCUGCUGUCCGUGACUGAAGCAGCCGUUUGCGCGAAAGCCGCUCUCUGACUCCUGUGCGUCAGGAACAGGAGGGACGGACGUGACUUGCGAGGACGUGCACUGGCGGGGGGCCAGGGCUGCUCCUGCGCCCGCCCCGGCACCCCUGCUGUGUCCCGGGGGCACCUCAGGGACCUGUCGGCGUGGGGGGGGGAUCCCCGGAGUCUUGGACAAAGGUUUGUACCCUCGGGUGGGGCUCACCCUCGUAUUUAUGACCCUAAUUUAUGCCUUGCCCCCCGUGGAAGCAAAUGCCCCCCGAGUGGCCGCGUGCGGAGUGCGCCCGGGGCCGCGCGGAAGUCGUUGCGCGUGUAAAUAAAAUGGGCCCGCGCCGGGUCCCCUGCUGUCGGGCUCCUGUCCUCACUCGCCGCUCCGUCCUCCCAGACUGGACUCAGCAUGGGUUUCCCGGCUGCUCUGAAAACAUGUCGAGCUGGUGGUGGCUGAGGAGCAGCAGGGGAGGCAGGGUUCGGGGCGUGGGUCCCAGGAUCUGCCAGGCGGAAACGCAGCAGGGCGGGGGCAGGGGGGCCCUGGGGCGCGUGGAGCUCCCCCGCGUCAGCCCCAGGCAGCCCCGGCCCAGCUGCUGGCCGAGGCCAGGCCGUUUUAGCCAGCGUUCUAACUGAAGUCUGUGUGAAACUGUGGACUGGCGGCCCUUCUCUCUGUUUACUCGCAGUACCUUUAUUCCAAGGCCACUUUAACUGUCACCCCCGUUCCUUGGGGUGAGGGGUGUGGACUGGGGCCGUGGGACCAAGAAGCAGACUGGCAGGGUGCGGGAGGGCUCUGUGUGUGGAGGUGGCCUCCCAGCGGCUCUACGUCCCCUUUCUUGCUUAGCGGAGCCCACCUUCAUCCUGGUGUGCACCCUCCUCCCGCGUGGCCACCCAGGAAUGGGCCUCAUGGUUACCCGAUGGCUGCCACCAAUCCGGGCAUCACAUUCAUACUUCACCAUGCCCAGUAUAAGGACGGCACUCCAGCCAAAGGAACCUGCCAGAAGCCCUGGCCUUUGCGGAUGGACCUCCCCGCACGUCUCAGUGUCUAGAAUCGGGUCACACACCCGUGACCGAGUCCCUGCGGAGGGAAGGGCCUUGCUGACAGUGGCCGACGGGGGUGCUGGUGACAAGCACGUUCAUAAGGUUGUGUUCGUGCACUGGCCCCCCGCCCCCCCAGGUGGGCGUCUGCACCUUGCAGGCGAGGGCACGGUGCAGAGGCUCUCCACCCGCCCCCAGUCAUGCCGUCAGCGCGUGCGGGGGUCGGGUCAUGGGGCAGCUGGGCACCUGCGUCGUGCCUUGAGUGCUGUGACCCCAGCCUGUCACCAAGCCCAGGCCACACGACAGGCAGGGCGGCAGGAGCCCGGGAGGGCGGUGUGGGCUCGGGCAGCCCCCGGCCUGCACUCCUGCGGGGGGGGGGGCAGCUGCCAGCCCUGGGGGGCAGGGUGCACGUGUGGGGUGGUCGCAGGGGUAACGGGGCCGUUCCCCGCGGAGAACCCCUCCGCCCCAGACACAGGUAGGUGCUCCGAGCACUUCCCGCUGGGUCUGGUCUGGCGGCGUGGGUGGCCGUGACCUGGGGCAGGCGGGGCUGCUUGAACCGGGAGACCCCAGUGUCGCAGCUCCGACAGAAGAGGAAGAGGAGGCUGGGAAGUGCCACCCGGCCCCGAGGGAGGAAGGGACAGCCAGGGGCCGUCCCUGCUGCAGUCCCUCGGGGGCUUAAAGUCCCCUUAGGGGGAAAUAGUAGGUUGGCCAAAAAGUUUGUUCCUUUUUUUCCCGUAAAAUAAAGACACUUUCACCUUCA